UGUUUGUUUCUUCUCCACCUAUCCUCUCCUCUAUCCCAGAUUUAUUCACCAUAUGUGGUACCGAUUUUCUCUGAAUCACUACUUUUCCAAAUUCCCAAUUGUGAAUUAAAGAACACUUCGAGUGCACCUGCAGCAGAUCCAACACCCACAAUACUCAGUCUAUUUGGGAGACCUCAAGAAUUCAUCUCUGACAAUGAGCAACAGUACCUUUUAGGGAUACGUGUGCCAAAUGGGUCAUAAACCUUACGUCAGCUUCACUACAUUAUCCCAGAUCUGAUGGUCUUGCUAAUUGCAUUGUUUGCACCAUUAAAGCAAUGAUCAUGAAACAACAUGGUGAUGUCAAGCAUGAUUUUCACAUUAUUUAUGUGUCAUAGUAUUUUCCCACUAAGAGUGACACCUUUAGAUAUAUGCUCACUGUAACUGGAAGAGAUUAUUCUUCGAAGACAACCCUGCCUAACUACAACCUGCCCACCAAGGAGUAGAAGACAAUACAUAACUGUAGGAGUGUACCCCUCCGACCGGAGACAAAAACUCAGGAGGCAGGCAGGAUUCAGGCAAGUGGAAGAUGUUUAUUCAAGCAGAAAUCAGUUAAGGCAGGGGGAGGGCCAGAGAAUCUUCCCUGAAUUGGAAGGGAGAUCAAUGACACACUCUUAUUUUUACAGUGAAAAUACAGCAUUUUAUACACAUUCGAUUACAAUAAUCAAAUACAGCGUAGUCACUGUCCUUCCGUCUUGAGCCAUACACCCAAUCCCGUGGGACAUCUAAUAAAUAAUGGGCAUUCCUACGGACAGCCCCAGGUUCCUGUGAUCUUACAUGUUUACAAGCAAUUGUAAUAUCUGGGCCUUGGAAUCUUUCUCUGCAUCUUAUUCAUUUGCAUUCCCGGAAGUUUACUGGCUACAUUCCUUCGGAACCCUCUCAGGCUUCUUAUCUCUAAGAACAGUGUGAAUUCUAUUAUUCAUUGUCCAAUAUGUGCUUUCUUUUAUCAAAUUCAGUCAUUCCUCUAAUAUUUCCCACUGUCCUAAUUAUAUAUAUAAAAGUACAAAAGACACUUUUAACUAAUUGCUAUAAGGUUAAUUUCUGUUAUACAGUUAGUUAUAAAAUGUAAAGUUGUACAGCUACUUCUACUCUUAGCACAUUGUAAUUAAUGGGUUGUGAACAAUCUAUCUUGCUCAGAGCAUAAGAUAAUGUGUUUCCUAAGGCUAAUUAACUUUUCACAUCUAGGUUUAAAUGCUUUUCCCCUAAUGCUUGUAUUAUACUCUGGUUAUAUGUUGAAAUCUACCUCUGUGAUUAAGGAAUUUUUAACUAGAGUCUAUUUAGUAUUGCAGGCAGUUUCAAAGAAGCAACUAUUUACGACAAAGUAACUUUAGCUGUUGUCUUUGCAGCCGUUUAGGGAGUUAGUCUUGGCUACUUCAUGGGCUGAGACCUGCACCUGGUGUUAUUCAUUUACUGGCGCAAUCAUCCUUUCAUUAAUGAGGCUGGAAUGAUUGUUCUUAGGCAUUCCCUUAACAGAACUGUCUUGGUUAGUUGGUGGUAGGGCUCUUUUGCCGACCUUGGGUAGUCUUGUUUAAAGGUACCGUUGUGUUUCAAUUCAAUUAUUCUAACCCUUGUUGGCCAUUUUGUGUCUUUCAAAUAUGGGCCAUUUUGGUGUAAGCAGGUACAGUUCACCCCUGCUAUAAUUCACUGGAACUGCCUGAUAUGUGCGUUGGACAGAUAGUUGAAGCCCUACAUCCUACUCAAAGAAUCUGGUUAUCCACAGGUGUAGUGUAAGUGUGCACUCUGCCUAUUUCCCACAAAGUCACAAUACAUAAUGGUACAACAUUGUGGAGAAACAAGCCACCAUAGGGAACUAUACAGAACUCCCACUGUGCGCUGAAUACACAAAUAAAGAUAUGCUUGGAAAAUGAAGAUGUAGAAGACCAACAUGCCAACAACCAACACUGGUAACAAUGUGCAAGAGACACACACAUGCCGAAAAAACCAAGUGAAGGUUAACAAUCACAAGACCCAGAAAGAUUGUCAAACACAUUAUACAGACUCUUAAUCUCACACACAGAAACAAAAAUUAUAAAGCUUAAGUACUUUUGAAACUAUGUAAUGCACUCAGUGUAUGGAAUUUUAGCUUGGGCAUUGGGGUGAAGGGAAUCAGAUAGUAAGAACUGCCGCUGCUGAAGUCAGAGAUAACACAGUGUGGAGCUGGAGGAACACAGCAUUAACUCACUUGUUUUUAUGGUAUAGAGAUCCUGUAAUUCUUUUGUUUGCAUAUGUUCUACGAAUAAAUACUCAGAUUUCUAGAUAUUUCAUGAAUACUAAAAAGUGGUCUUUACAUAUGUGUGCUUUAGAAGGCACCUGUGAAGGGAUUCUUUAUGCUAAAAAUGCUACAUAACUGUAACUUGUCUAUGAUUUAGACCUGCAAUUAGUCAAAUUCCUCUUGAUCUUGAUGCAUUGCAAGGUUUGCACUUUACAUUCGUAAUGUCAUUACAUUGUAUAAUGACAUCACUGUUGUGACAUACCCAUAUCCCAGGACUUGACUAUUGGGUAAAUCAUGGAUGAGAGGUUAAGUUCUUUGAGGAGUAUGAGAAAGUUUAAAUAAUUACAGAUGGCAUCCUUAACUGACCUAUGAGACCUGAAAAAACAGGCCAGUGUGAGCGAAUUUAAUAACUUCAAAAUAAACCUUUUAUUUGCCUAAUCAAACAAAGUAAGCAUUUAUGAUUUGUAAUGGAGAAGAAUCCAGAAAGAAAUGAAAAUAUCCAUCAAGAAAUGUGUCCAUUAGAAGCUUUCAUGUUCUGGAAUGAUAGCCUGUGAAGCAAAUGGAAAAUUUCAACAAUUCUUCUUCAUUCGUUCAUGGAAUUCACUUGAGAACGUGGUGGUGUGCUACCUUCUUGAUUCGCAAUGGUCCUUUGGGGGUCUAGGUACACAACUGUUAUGUGGGAAGCAAGUUCCAGGAUUUUGAUCUCGCAAUAGUAUACAACAAGAUAGUUCCCAUUCAGGAUGGUGUAAAACUUCUGGAGUGUUGUAGGAGUUCUACUCAUCCAGGCAAGUAUAGUUUAUUCCAUUGUUCUGAAGCUGUGUGGCAAAGUGAAGCUGGCUUUCCAUAAUUUGUCAAUGUUCAUGUAAUUAAAGGAAAAACUUGGACAAGUUUCAGAAAUUUGGAGUAGGAUCAAGCCUGACCGCACAGUGUAGAUCUCUGCAUACUUCUGGUUCCUGUCAAGGGCUGGAUGAGUUCUUUGAUGACCCUAAGAACUGGGGAGAACCAACUGUAAAAUCUGGUGCACCUUGGACAGCAAAACAACUACGAAUAAAAAGCAAUGAAGAUUUACACAAGCUCUGGUACAUUCUUCUCAAAGAAAAGAACAUGCUUUUGACUUUAGAACAAGAAGCAAAACGACAACGAUUACAAAUGCCCAGUCCAGAGCGUUUAAAGAAAGUAGAACGGUCUAUCGCUAGAAUUGACUCAAUUGUUCAAGAACGUGAAGAUGCUCUAAGGUUGCUGCAGACUGGGCAGGAGAAAGGCCGUCCCGGCGCUUGGAGGAAGGACAUCUUUGGGCGAAACUUUUGGUACAAGUUUAAGGAAUGGCCUAUUCCUUGGUACCUAAACAAGAUAUACAGGAGGAAACGAUUUUACACACCGCCAUUCGUGGAUAUUUUUGUUAGGCGACGGAUUGAGAAGCACCUACGUAAAAUCAACAAUGCCAGAAAGGCAAAAAUGGAGGAAGAGAAAGUACUAAAGGAAAAAUUCCAACGUCAUUCUGCAUCAAGUUAACCUUGCACUGAAAAUAAAUUUGUCUAGCAAAAAAAAAAGCAUCA